CCAGGAGGGUGUACGCAAACGGCGUGACGUCGCCUCCAGUGACAGAGCUGCCGAACUGAGGCAGGCUGCGCGGAGGAGCGAGCCGGUGUUUGGCGGAAGGUCGAUGUGUUGCAGGCGAGACGAACAGGAAAGAGGAAUUCAUAAACUGUCUUGAUCAGCGGUGUCAGUAGGCCGCUGACGAGAGCUGUCGAUGGUUGGACCGUUACGCUUCGUCCCGGCUUCGGUAGACGUCGGCUGAACAGGGCCGCGCUCUCGGAACUUUUUCGGGGGCCGCCGCGGCCGCUCUUGUCCGGGCUUUGACCCCUUCGAGGGAGGGAACGAAGAGAGAAAACGAGAAAGUGAGAGAGACACCGAACGAAUCGAGGACUUGAAGGACUUGCGCUGUGUCCUGCCGUUUUCUUUAUCGUCCUAACCAGUCACUCUCGAGAUGGCCGUGGCCAUCAGUGCAAGGAGGUUCCCCCUGGGUGCGAGGACGUUCAGCGAGUUUUUGGAGAUUGCAACGCUGGGGACGGGCCGGAGCCGCUGCGCGCGAACCCGCGGGCGGCAACACCACAGAUAUCUGUCAUCCUGUGGCAUUCUGAUGACCAGAACUCCUCCCAGAAUCCUUUGCAGUAUAGACUCUGACUUGACUCUUCUGCACUGUAGAUCUUUCAUCAACUUCACGGGGCCUCUGACCAAUAAAAGAAAGGAGUACUCGGAGAGACGGAUAAUUGGGUAUUCUAUGCAAGAAAUGUAUGAUGUGGUGUCCAACGUAGAUGACUAUAAACAUUUUGUUCCCUGGUGCAAGAAGUCAGUAGUAGUUUUGAAGCGCUCGGGCCAUGCCAAGGCUCAGCUGGAGGUGGGCUUUCCACCGAUCCUUGAGAAAUAUACCUCCAUGAUCACAACAGUACGUCCCCACUUAGUCAAGGCUGUAUGCACAGACGGCAAGCUGUUCAAUCACUUGGAGACGAUAUGGCGCUUCAGUCCUGGUAUCCCUGGUUAUCCACGCACGUGCACCGUUGACUUCUCUAUAUCCUUUGAGUUCCGUUCCCUCCUGCACUCCCAGGUCGCUACGAUGUUCUUCGACGAGGUGGUCAAGCAAAUGGUGGCCGCUUUUGAGCGGCGAGCAGUGAAGCUUUACGGCCCGGAGACGCGUAUCCCACGGGAGCUCAUGUUUCAUGAGGUGCACCAAACGUGAGACUGGGGGAGGGGUGGGCAACCUGGAAGCUCAUCCUUCCCCCACCCCGUCUCACUCCUCUUCACCACCAUCAGCACCACCACUGCUACGGGCUCUGCGGCCUGCACCCUGCACCCAGCCGGAGGGUGAAGGAGUGGAGAGCAGAAAAUGGAAGACUCUGGUCACAUGGCCAUGCUGGACUUCACCACCGGGUUCUGUCUGUGUGUGGGCGCAGGUGAUGGGCUGGGGGGGUGGAAUCUGGGUGCAGGGUGGGCUACACACAAGGCCUUGGACUCCAGAGAUUUGACCAAAGCCUCUCGAUUUAUUAUUGAGCCCAGCAGGGUCUCGACGACACCAUCCUGUCCUCUUGCUGGAUUUGGGGUCCGACUCGGAUUUCCAAUAACACAAAAUAAGGAAGACGUCCUCAUCCCUUUACGCUGAUGCCUCAGCCCAGCCAAAAUGAAACACUGCAGAGGAGUUUGGGGGGAACAACCCGCUUUGGCGCCAUGCGUCGUCCCUCCCAUGAGCCUUUGCUCACACACACUGAUCUCUGGAACUCUUUCCGGGCUGAGGUUCCUCCGACACAGAUACCUGCAUGCGUCUUCCAAGCCGAGGGAGGAGCGUCGGCUGCGUGACUUCAGAUGGCGAUUUCCUUGCAUGCGGUCGCAGGUGACGUCAAGUGCUGGCACCUCACUGGGACGCGUUAUUUACUUGUAUUUAUUUGGCCUUUUUUUUUUUUUUUUUUGGUCGAGAUCAACAUUGCUGAAUUGUGAAAAGACAAAAAAGAAAAAUGUGUAGCCUGAUGGCACGCUAUUAGAGACUGUGCCCGCUGUGUGCCCUCCUGAGAGGGAGGGGUGAGGAGACACUCCGAGUACACCAGGUCUGUCACUGAAGGCCAACCCUCCAAACUGGCCACGGGCUGAAUCGCUGAAAGGUAGAUGGAGCAGAGAGAAUGGGCACGGGCAGGACCCCCCUAAACCCAAUGUGCUGAACAGGGGGCUUGACAGCCUGCAUUGCUCACCUGUGGACCAAGCCCACCAUUUCUAACCAUUUCAUUCACAUCUGGUCACAGAAAGCCACUUGGUGUCCUUAUUAGCAUCGUGGACCAUGGGAGAUGGAGGUGGUGGGGCUGGUUUGGAGAGUGGGCACCACUGCAGCCCCCCCAAGAUGUUUUUGAGGGGGGGGGGCGCGUCACGGGGUAUACUUUGAAGACGAGCGUCACCUCUGUCACCAACUGACUUCCUACAGCCAUCUCUCUUGGCUUCUCCCCCCCGCCCCUUGUUAAAGUGCCCCCCACUCCACAUUCCCAUUCCCUCCAGUUGGGCAGUUGUAGGGUGGGCUGCUAAACCCAAGUUGUCUUCCUGUCCCUAUGCUGUUCUGGGGUGGGUUGGUGGGGUUUGGCUGUAAUCGAAUGACUUCUUGCAGUUUGGAGGCUUUGGCCCGGCUGGCCUGGUGCUGCUCCUCUCUCUCUCAGGACCAUGGGGGUACAGCGGGGGGCUCCUGAUGGUGCUGACCUGUACGAUGUGUGUGUUUGCCUGUAAAUUGUCUGGAUGCGCAGAAAUAGACCAUAGUGGACUUUCAGGUUUGG